UAUAUCUGUUUCGUCUGCGGCAAGGAAGAGAGAAAAAUUAUAGGGCCCAAUAAGGACGGCCCACGUCAACGGGCGAGGCGAGGAAAUCUGGAUCCCGGCGAGGGCCAGUAGGAGACAGACGGCGAGGCAGCGAUCGCAGCAGGUCUAGGGAGCCAGCAAAGUGAAGCUGGACAUGGAGGAGGCCCAGUCUGUCAGUCUGCUGGCCUGUCGAGACGAGGAGGUCGUCUGUUUUGGCGGUUGGGAAGAUGUCGAUGCCGGAAGCUUGUUUAUUGGGCUACUGCGAGUGUGAAGCGGAUGCAGGUGUCGUAGCUUGGGCAGCAAGCCGCAGAGAGAGCGAGCAGCCAGUUGAACGCAGCCAGCGAGGCGAAGCGGACGAGAAAGGCGAGAAAGGCGACGGUGUCGACCUGGAUGAGCGUGUGCCUUUUGCAUAUAAAAAGAAGAAACGAAGUUGA